GCACAUUUCCUCGGGAAUCAUUGAUUCGGUCAGCAUGACGUUCGAAUACCCCACAAGGGAAAGCCAGUAAACCUGCAACCGUUAUUGAAACACAUUUAUACGAUCGGGGUGUGAAGCCUUUGAUAAAAAUGAUAAGAGGGUUCAUGCAAUUCAGGCUGGUUGUUGCAUGGCAGUGUUGAAUGUUUUCACUACAAACAUCAUAAAACUUCAUUGUCAGCUUUGGAACGUUUCUGACAAGAUUGUGUACAAGUCGGUUGUGUUCAGUACAUCACAGGCUGGUUGACAUGAUCAGUUUGACGUGGACUGGUUUAAACAGAGCACCAUCAUAAUCGGACAGCAACACAAAGACGUAAAGGUCAAUCAUGGAAAGGAUUGGGAAAGUUGGGUGUGCAUCACUUCUUCUCUUGAAUAUAGCAGUAGGCAUUGCAGUUAUCUGCAGUGUAGCAUCCAGUAAACACGGUACGCAGAUUAGUAACACAGAAGGUCUGAAGCAACAAAUCAGCAAGAUAUACGAAGACCGAUUGAAAAUAAUAAUCGAUAAUGAUAAUGGUACUCAUGAACGGAAAGGUGCAAGGCAACCGAGCACGUCAGUGGCAUUCUUGAACCUGCUGAAACCUAUAGCAUAUCUUACUGGACUGGACUUCCUUGGGCACAUUGAGAAUGUAAAUGACACAUCUAUAAAAACAUGGGUGCCGUUUGUUGGACCAGGGAGACAACUCUUGUAUAACGAGAUGCGGUAUGAAAAUGGCAGCAUUAUAAUCCCCGCCACGGGUGUGUAUGCUGUAUACAGCCAUGUCAAGUUCUACACAGAAAGGAAUCGUCGUGGAGAUACAGAAACUAAUUUCCACCAUUCCAUAAUGCGAUACAAUGCAUUAAAACAGACGAAUAAAACUGCACUUGCUGACGCAGUGUCUGAGAAUAAAAACGACAUCAUUGACGGCGCUAGCCUGGAAUACUCCAGUAACAUCCAUGGACUCCUGCAACUCAAUGCUGGUGAUCAGUUGGUUGUUAAAGUAUCAAGGAUAAACCCACUGAGGCAUGACAGAGACUGGCAUUACUUUGGUGUAUAUAUGAUUUAAACACUACAUCUAGGCAAUCUAACAGGUUGUUUUGAUAUAGAAAUGCAUUGUGCACCAAUGCCUUCACUUCAUUUGUUCACUUCAUAUUGCUUCUUGUUUUAGGUUCAAAAGUGCAGCUCUUGUACAUAAGCAUUACAAGUAUAGUAUGUAUAGACCUGCAUGCAUAUGCCAUCCUUACGCUGUCAGCAAACUGGCGGGGAUAAUCUAUUUUAUAAUAUGGACGAGACUUCCAUAAGGUCCUUAUUUGGAAUCUCGUUACGGGAUUCGGAAUCCUAUAGUCACUACACAUGAGAGAUAAUUACUGACAAAGUCCUCCUAUUGAUAAACCGAUUGUUCUAAAGAGAAGAGCAUCAUUAGGAUAUUUUGUAUAUAUAGUAAACUACGUUUAUAACGAGCACGCUUAUAACGAACUGACGGAUAUAACGAAAAUAGUUUUGUCCCGGCCAUUUUCUGUAUAUAUACUUACACCAAACUACGGUUAUAUCGAACAAAUAUCAGUGGUCCCUUUGAGUUCGUUAUAACCGUAGUUUACUGUAUGUUAUUUAAGUUAUAUUCAAACUGUAUUAAGACGAAUAUAUUCAAGAUCUGUCCAUUCAUCUACGUGUACAGUGGUUUGAAGAUAACAUUUAUCAUUCUCUUUGCUGAAGGGAUUUUCUAUUUACAUUGUAGUUUUGCUUAUAGAAAUGUGUCAUGUUGCUGUUUGUAAACUGAUAUCACUCUGAUUUCGUACUCGGAUGUAGCUAUGUGUAUGUCAUCAUCAGGACGUAAGUUGUUUUUGUCAUCAUGGAAUUUGCCCCUCAGCUGAUGAACGACAACAAAUACAACUUCAAUCCUUAAUUGAAUAUAUUGAGUAUUAACGAAUAUUACCACUUACAACAGGAUACUCAUUGAAACAUAUUUUGUUUUGUUUGUUUUAUUUUUAAUAUUCAUUGUAAUGAUUUGCCUCCAAAUCUACUUUAACAUGUACAUCUGUUGGUUUUUGUUUAAAAUAAAUGACUAAAACAGUAUUAUUCCUACUGAUGAAUACGUAUUUAGUUGUUUACAAAUAUUUCUUACACGACCUUCUAAGUAAACAUGCGAUAUAUACAAUGUAAAUAUUGUAUUCGGCAACUAUGGUACUGUCUACCCACCGUUAAAGGGUGCUUGGUACCUGUAAACUUGCUUCACUUUGUAACGUUAUGAAAGGCCGCGUGUGCCCUAAACAAACGUGACGUCUCAUAGACCCUCGUAUGUACAUAUAUAAAGUCCGAAGAACAUCACAUUAAGACGUUAUUUGUGUGGCUUGAGAUUAUUAUUCACUUUUGUGCAGAGAGUAAGUAUUCGGCAGGUAACGUUGAUUUUUUUCAGCGCAUUAAAAUAAACUGUGACGGUAGAAUUUA